AUGGAAAGCAACCUGACGAUUGGAGCAUGGAAAGAAAGGCAAAGGGAAAAUGAUCCUUUGCUUCCCUCAAAAGCUCAAAUAUGCUUCGUACAAAUUCCAAAGCAUAUUCAUCUUUGCUUGCACCGGUCUCCUGAUCAUGGGGCUAAAGUUCUUAUAAGAGUUUCAGGACAUCCUUCCAGGUCUUCUAUUCUAGUUUCUCACCAAUUAAUCACUUUCCCACCUGAAAAGAGGCUGCAAAAAUUAUCACAUAGAAGUUUACGAGUGCAUGGAUAUUUAUUAAAGUCAAAGAGAGGGAGAUUUUCUGGCCCAGAACAGUCCUCUAGCUGUGUUCAGAAUACAGAAUCCUUAAAAAGAGAUAAGGGUCAAAACUGGUUCCAGAAGCAGCUUUGUAGGCAGAUGAAUUGGGAACAUGACAGUGAGUUUGCAGCUGCUGUGGCUGCUGCUGCAUUUGCUAUUUACACGCUGGAAGAAGCGGAAGAGGAAUAUAGGAGAAAGAUCAGAAAGGAGUUUGAGAAGUCAAAAACAGAAGUCAGAACUAGAAAAGAGGAUAGAUCAGCAGGUUCUGUUAGAGUAACUAGAUCUUCAUCAACCAAGGAAGUGAAAGAUGCAGCAGAGCUGGGUCAUAGGGCACAAGACACCUUUAUGCCUACCAGAAGACCAAGUCGUUUAGCCUCUACAAGAUCUAUGGUCUCAACAGAUCAAAGGGAAAAGGCCAAUUCAACAAGAAGCGAAGUUGGGGAAUCCAAAGUUGAUUCUUGGGAGAAGGCUCAACUACGGAAGAUUAAUAAAAGGUAUGAGAAGAUGAAAACAAAAGUUCUUGCCUGGGAGAAUGAAAAGAAGAUGGAAGCCAAACUCCAUAUGGAAAGGAAAAAGAAUGAACUGGAGCUGAGAAAGUCUAGAAACUUGCAGCAUUACCAAAUCAAUGUAGAGAGAAUUGAUGCAAUUGCUGGAGGAGCAAAAGCACAAGUAGAAGAGAAAAGAAGAAGUGAAGAAGCUGAGGUGAAAGAAAAGGCAAAGUACAUGCGAAGAAAAGGCAAGAAUCCUGUCAGGUGUUUCUGCUGCUGAUAGUUACCAAGAACCUAACAGCUACAAGCUAUGCAAGUCCAUUAAAUUGUAUAUAAUUCUAUUAAUAUGUCUUAACAACUCAAAUGGCUGACUGGGUGAAAUUUAAAUAAACUAACUGAUAUGAAGUAUGGAAAGUUUUAACUGCCUACAGUUGUUUGUGUGUAAUGCCAAUGUAAAUGACUUCAACAAGUGGUAUGAGAAUAUAAAGACAACUGUAAUUAGCAUC